GUAGUAGGCUAUACUGAAAAUCAAUCUUCCAUCUGUGUUUGGAAUAAAAGAAUAAAUGCAUUUAAGGAUUAGUGGCUUGAUUUUUUUAAGUGUGCCCUGAGAAUAGUAUAAGGAAUGUCAGAAAGAUUGUGGGUCAAGUUUUUUUUAUUUAUUUUGGAAGGACAUAAUUAUCUAGAUGUUAAUCGUCGAGGUGGCCUUAAUUUGUGCAGAAUUCUAUGCGAGAUUCGUCUAUGAGUGGUUUUUCACAGUUGUAUUUAUAUAACCACCCCACCACAUGUCUUAUGUUUAUCUAGUCCUAUGGACAUCCAACGUGUUGAGAGAAGAAAAAUAAAUUUUCCUUUGCUCAAACAUUGUGAGCCUUAACUGGCUUAUAAAUCUGCUCGUUAGUGUGCUUAUCUCAGACAUUUAUACAUGUUCUCUCCUUUCCCUUUUCACUUUGGAUAAAAAUACAGGAAGUUUGUGGGGUAUUCCCAGGAGGGCAUAUAUGCAUAAUAUUUUUGAGGUUACCACUGGUUUUGCUGAUUCCUUUAUUGAUGUUUGGAGCCUAACGAUUUGCUGGUGGAGCCUUCACCAACUACUGGGUCUCUUACUAAACCUCUGUCUGUUCAAGAAUCUGUUUGUCCUGCCACAUAUCCUGUAACCACUGCUCUCACAGAUUUCAACAGCCAUGUAAACGAACCAUCUAUGCAAACACAAGGUUCAAGCCAAGCUCAAUCUUCUGCUUCAUCACCAUUAGUGAAAAGUGAGAUGGCAAUGCCGUCAAAUGAAUUAAGUUUAUCAUCACCUGUCCAAAUGGUUUGUUCUGAUGCUACUGCUCUUGUUCAAGCCGAUAUGGAUGGGUCUAACCCCAGAGGCAAUGUAGCUAAUGGGCUUCAAGCUUCACAAGUCGAAGUGAAAGAUAGUGGUAUCUCAGUUGCUGAGAGAACAUCUGAUGAUGGGUAUAAUUGGCGAAAAUAUGGGCAGAAGCAUGUUAAAGGGAGUGAAUUUCCACGCUGCUAUUACAAAUGUACACAUCCUAACUGUGAGGUCAAAAAGCUGUUCGAACGUUCUCAUGAUGGGCAGAUCACUGAGAUAAUUUACAAGGGAUCCCAUGAUCAUCCUAAACCUCAACCAAGUCGCCGAUACUCUUCUGGCACUAUUAUGUCUAUGCAUGAGGAGAGAUUUGAGAAGCCUUCAUCUUUGUCUGGCCAAGAUGUCAAUAUGUAUGGUCAAGUGUCUCACACUACUGAGCCCAACAGUAAUCCAGAGUUGUCUGUUGUAGCAGCAAGUGAUGAUGGUCGGGAGGGUGCAGGACUAGCUUCCAAUAGGAUCAAUGAUGAAGUUGAUGAUGACGACCCCUUCUCAAAGCGAAGGAAGAUGGAGAAUGGAAAUGCUGACAUCACUCCUAUAGUUAAGCCUAUUCGAGAACCAAGGGUUGUUGUACAAACUCUAAGCGAAGUUGACAUAUUGGAUGAUGGGUAUCGCUGGCGAAAGUAUGGGCAGAAGGUGGUGAGAGGCAAUCCCAACCCUAGGAGUUACUACAAAUGCACCAAUGCCGGUUGCCCUGUUAGGAAACAUGUGGAGAGGGCUUCUCAUGAUCCCAAAGCAGUAAUAACCACAUAUGAGGGUAAGCACAAUCAUGAUGUACCUACUGCAAGGAGUAGCAGCCAUGACACAGCAGGACCAGCAGCUCCAGUUGGACAGACCCGAAUAAGAUCAGAAGAAAGCGAUACCAUUAGCCUCGACCUUGGGAUGGGUAUCAGCUCGGCUGCUGAAAAUAAAUUGAAGGGACAAGGACAAAUGCUGCUGUCUGAAUUUGGGAAUGAUCAAACUCAUAGCAACAGUUCCAAUUUCAAGUUUGUUCAUAAUGCCCCAGCUCCGGCAUACUUUGGUGUUUUAAAUAAUGGCUCAAAUCCAUUUGGUUCUUCUAGAGAGCCCUCAUCUUUGAACCAUACCACUUAUCGGUGCCCGCAGCCACAGGGCAUAGGAAGAAUACUAACUGGUCCGUGAUAUUGUCUAGUCUCUGCUGAAAAAAAAAAAAAAUCCAAAUAUUAUUUUGCUUCAUUCUGGCGGCAAAAGAUGAAAAGGUUGACUUGGAAGUCUAAUUACUAUUUGUAAAUUAAAAUUGGAGUUCAUAUCUGUACAGAAGUGAAGCUGAUUUCAGAGUUGCUUCUAUAAAGACAAACCCUUGUAAAAGGUACUAUUUUAUGUUAGGGGCGUUUAGUCUUUUCAUUGAACUCUUGUUUGUAAGUAAGAAGAGAGAUUGUUGUAUACUCAAGCAACUUAUGUUCAAUACACUUUGUGCUUUAUGACGUGCUUGCCGAUGAGAAAUCUCUUCAGUUGUACACGAAUUAUUACAAGUAAAUUGUACUUAGAAUGUUCGGAAAAAAGUUGUAAUUAAUUUUAACCCUUAUUUUC